AUGGGAGAGGGCGGGGGGAAAGGGGCGGGGCCUCGUGAGGGCGGCGGUACCAGCGAGACGCGCGGGGCAGAGCGUCCCCCUCCCCCCGCCGCCACCAUCGAGGAGCCGGAGCGGCGGCGGCGGCGGCCGGAGGGGCCGGGGAGGGCGGCCAUGACGGCGCAGCUGAAGGCGGCGGCCAAGCGCAAAGCGUACGAGGACAGCGGGGUCCCCCUGCCCCCCCCCGGCGCCGACUCCCCCAAAAAGGGACCCCGAAAAAACCCCCCCGGGUCUGGGGGAGCCCCCCACGACACCCCCGGACCCCCCGGGAAGAAGCUGAAGGUGGCAGAGCCCCCCUCGGGUGACUCCGACCCCCCCGGGGACCUCGUGGACGUCGAAGGAUUUGGGGACCCCCCCCCCAAGAAGCUGAACUUCGACCAGGCAGCCUGAAGCCGGAGCCCCCCCCGGACCCCCUCCCCAAAUCUUUGGGGGACCCCA